AGCAACCAGAGCUGAAGAGGGAACAGCUGAUACUUUUCUCCUCAGCUUCGCAGCCAGCCUCUCUCUUCAAUAUUAUGGGGGAAAGCUGGCAACGUGGAAAAAACCUCUUCCUUCUUCUUCUGCUGUCCGUCCUUCUCAGGACCCCUGUAGCUGCCUCCAAAUUGCGAUAUGUGGCGGUGGUACCCAGCACAAUCUACCUGGGGACCACUGAGAACUUCUGCAUCCAGAUGAGCAAUCUGAAGGAAGCAGUCAACUUGACUCUCUCGGUGCACAAUGAAAUCGAGGAUUUGAGCCUCAAUCAAAUGACGGUAAAAGGGGAAGAUGUAUUUCAAUGUAUUCCUUUCCAGAUUCCCAGGGACCGCACAAUUUCUGCCCCAUCAACAGUCAUUCUCAAGUUAUUUGUAAACUUCGUGUCCCACAGUUUCCCAGUCAACAAAUACGUGCAAAUUGAGAAACCAAAGCCUCUGAUUUUCAUCCAGACGGACAAACCAAUCUACAGAGCGGGACAACAAGUUCGGUUUCGCAUCGUCUCCAUGGAUAAAGAUUUCCGUCCUACGAAGAAGAAGUUUCCAGUUGUGUACAUCCAGGAUCCCCAAAAGAACCGGGUGUUCCAGUGGAGAGAUGUGGAGGUUCCGUUGGGCAUAAUCCAGCUUUCCUAUUCUCUGACUUCCGAUCCCCUCUUGGGCACCUACAAAGUGGUCAUAGAGAAAGACUCCACAAAAGUUGCAGAAUACAGCUUUGAUGUGGACGAUUAUGUUCUGCCCAAAUUUGAGCUUUUGUUGAAGGCCCCGAAGCUCAUCACGGUUGUGACUAAGGAAAUAGAAGUCAGUGUGUGUGGCAGGUACACUUAUGCAAAACCAGUGCCUGGCCUGAUGAAACUGAGGCUCUGCCGGCAUCCCAAAAGCGUGCCUCAUCAGUGUAAAACCGAUGAGAGUCUGUGUAAAGAAUAUGAAGGCAUGGCAGAUGGAGACGGCUGUUUCUCCAAGGUGGUGAACAUGGAGGAGUUCCAACUGAGGUGGCUCGGCUUUUCGAUGGCCAUCGCCAUAGAAGGCAAAAUCACAGAGGAAGGGACAGGAGUGGAGCUGAAUGGCACAGAAUCCAUUGAGAUCACGUCCACGUUGAGCAAAAUUACCUUUGAAAACCCAGACCGUUACUAUAAACCCGGCAUGCCCUAUGUCGUGAAGGUGAAGCUGGUAGACAGCAACGAGGUGCCAAUCAACAAUGGAACAGUGGAGAUUUUGAUAAUGGCAACUCACCAGCGGCUCAAUCAAGUGACGGACGCUGAGGGGAGAGCUGAAUUCUCCAUAGAAACCACUAAUAUCACAAGCGACUCUUUGUUUUUUACGGCUUCGUAUCAAGACAAAACUGAGCGCAAUAGCAAGCACUGGGUUACACCCCAUCAUGGUAAAGCAAGUUACAGGGCGUACCUGUUUUAUUCUCCAAGCAAAAGUUACCUACGUAUCGAUCCUGUGUCAGAGACGUUAAGCUGCGGCCACCAUGAGCCACUUCAGGUGCAUUACAUCCUUAACCGAGGUGAUGAAAAGGAGGAUGAGAUUGUCUUCUAUUACAUGGUCAAGGCUAGGGAGAACAUCAUACGAACAGGGACAUACCGGCAGCCAGUAAAACAGGGAGAAGAAACUAAAGGGGACUUCCUUUUGAAUCUCUUGGUGGAUUUCGACACUGCUCCCAAGGUCCACUUGCUCCUCUACACCAUUUUGCCCAAUGGAGAACUCGUUGCUGACUCGAGAAACUUCAUCGUAGAAAAGUGCUUUUCCAACAAGGCUAAACUGUGGUUCUCUGAUCAAGAAGGUCUGCCUGGCCAGAAAACCCAACUCCAUCUUUCAGCUUCCCCCGGUUCCCUCUGUGCCGUCCAUGCCGUUGACCAGAGUGUCUUUCUCUUGAAACCUGAAGCCGAGCUCUCCCCUGAGAAGGUUUACAGCUUCCUUCCCAAGAAGGAUCCCAUCUUCUCUUAUGACCUCUUUGUAGCUCCGUUCAAUAUUUAUCCCUGUCCUACAGAAGAACCAUCCAGGGGUAAUAUCGAUGACCCAGUGUAUUUUCUCCCUGAAGAUUGGGAUACUUACAAGAUAUUCAGGGACUUUGGCUUGAGCAUUUUUACCAACACCAGGUUAACCAUCCCGGGAUACUGCUCCGACGAAGUGAUGGAAAUGAAGGCUGAUGUUUUAUCACCACCUAGAGAGCCUGUUCUUCGUGGGCAUUUCCCUCCCCAGAGAGUUGACUUCAUGGCAGCCCCUGAAGUUGCUUUUGAUGGUGGUAGUCUUCGUGGGCCUCCCACUCCUCAGGUUGAGGCUGCCCCUGAAAGGACACCUCGGUUCUUCUUUCCUGAAACGUGGAUAUGGGACCUGGUUAUUAUAAAUGGUUCUCAAGGAAACAGCCAUUCUCAAGUCCAUCAGUCUAAUAGAAAGAGUGAUGUAUCUGAAGAACCCAAAGAGAUUGCUCUUCCUGUGACCAUCCCGGACACUAUCACCAAAUGGAAAGCUGGAGCUUUCUGCCUUUCAGCAGACACAGGCUUUGGCCUGGCCCAGCCCGCUUUUCUGAAGGCCUUCCAGCCAUUCUUCAUUAAACUCACCUUGCCUUACUCCGUAGUGCGAGGAGAAGCCUUCCCACUCAAGGCUACCGUCUUCUCCUACCUGACUUACUGCAUCCGGGUCAGAAUAUCUCUGACUCCUUCUGCUGACUUUGAGGCAUCUUCUAUGGAGAAGGAGGAGGAGGAUUCCUAUUGUAUCUGUGCAAAUGGAAGAAAAACGGUGUCAUGGAUGAUGACCCCUAAAAUUCUAGGGGAGAUAAACCUCACAGCAAGCGCAGAGGCUGUGCCCUCAAAUCAGCUCUGCGGGAAUCAAGUAGUGGAGGUGCCCACCACUAAAAACAAAGACGUCGUGAUCAAGUCAUUAUUAGUUGAGCCUGAAGGGAUCGAGAAAGAAGUGGUGUUCAACUCUCUUUUCUGUGCACCUGAACCCGAGUCCAAAUCUUUUCCUCUGACGUUACCGGAGAAUGUUGUAGAAGGCUCAGCCAGGGCCUCCUUUUGUGUGCUGGGAGACAUUUUAGGAGGAGCGAUAAAGAACCUCCAUCAGCUUCUCAAGUUCCCCUACAGCUGGGGGCAGGGGGAGCAGAACAUGGCCUUCUUUGCCCCCAAUAUCUACAUCCUGAACUAUCUCAAUAAGACUGGACAACUGACAGAGGAGAUCAAAUCCAGGGCCGUCGGAUACUUAGAGGCUGGCUAUCAAAGGCAAAUGAACUACAAGCAUCAUGAUGGUUCUUACAGCGCUUAUAUACAUUAUCCGGCAAAGGCAGGGAACACUUGGCUGACGGCUUUCGUGCUGAAAUCUUUUGCUCAGGCAAGAUCCAUAAUCUUUGUAGAAGACAAGGUCAUCAACGAUGCUCAGAACUUCCUGACACAGCAGCAGGAAAAUAAUGGAUGUUUUCGGAGCACUGGAUUUCUUUAUCACAGUGAAUUCAAGGGGGGAGUUGAUGACCAGAUCACUCUUUCAACUUACAUCACCAUUGCUUUGCUGGAAGUGCCGCUAUCUCCCACCGAUUCUGUGGUGCAAAAUGCUUUAGUUUGCUUGGAGAAGGCAACUGAAGCAAAAGAGAUCCGCAUUUAUCUCCGGGCUCUGUUGGCGUACGCUUUUGCUUUGGCGGGGAAAGAGGAGAAGAGGCAAGAAAUGUUGGACUCUCUUCUAAAAGUAGCUGUGAAGGACGAGGAUGGCUCCAUCCACUGGGAGAGGUCCUGGAAGCCAGAGCAGAGGUCUGAUUUUCCACUCUCUGUGCGUGCUCCCUCUGCUGAAAUAGAGAUAACCUCCUACGUGCUCCUUGCUUUCCUGACCAAAAAACCAUCUCUGUCCAAGGAAGAAUUAACGACAACAACUGCCAUUGUCAGAUGGUUGAUCAAACAACAGAAUUCCAAUGGAGGAUACUCCUCUACACAGGAUACUGUGGUGGCUCUCCAGGCCCUCUCCCAAUACAAGACAGUUACUUAUUCCAAGGAUGGCAUCGAUGCCAGAGUGGCCUUGAGUUCAGGAAAUGCUGUCCUGGCAGAAUUCCAAGUGGACAGCGGCAACUCUCUGCUGCUGCAGUGCCAGGAUCUGCCCCAAGUUCCCGGGAACUACAAGGCUGAGGUGACUGGUUGCAUCUUUAUGCAGACCACCUUGAAAUACAAUGUCCCUUUGCGGCAAGAAGAUGCAUCAUUUAGGCUGGAUGUGCACACCGUUCCGGAGACUUGCAUAGGAAAUAAAACUCAUGUCACUUUUGACAUUGCCAUGAAUGUCAGUUACACUGGCCAACGUCUGGUUUCCAAUAUGGCAAUUGUCCACAUUAAGAUGCUGUCCGGAUACAUCCCAGUGAGAUCCAGUGUAAAAAAGCUGGAAAAGAAAGGUCAGAUCAAGAGGACUGAAGUGAACAUCAAUCAUGUCCUGCUAUAUUUGGAUGAGGUACACAACACAACCCAGACUUUCUCCUUUACAGUGGAGCAGGAGACACCCGUCCAGGGCCUGAAGCCUGCCUUGGUGAAAGUCUAUGAUUACUAUGAAACUGAUGAAUUUGCAACAGCUGAGUACACUGCCCCCUGCAGUUCAGAUGAUAUCAAGGAAGUCUAUAAAGCAUAAGGAUACAGGCCAGGUUUUCUGGAAUAGGACAUGAUCGGAAAGAAUGAAUCUCCUGGAAACUAGGGAAGAACAUGAUUUUAUAUGCAAACAUUAAAUGCUCAAUACUAAAAUGUUUUAAUAUUUUGAUUUUAACACAUUUUUUUGAAUUCUAAGCCACCCAGAGUCAUUGACUGAAAUGGAUGGCUAUAGAAACUGAAUGAAUGGAAUAAAUAAAUAAACAAUUGUUUUCAGGA